GGAGGCGGUUUAACAGCCCUCGCAGUCCGAGAGGCGGUGCCGCCGCCACCCCCCGCCCGUCCCAGGUGUAACCGGAGCCGGCAGGGCGCGGCGCACCACCACCUGCCCGACCUGUCGGGCGGCUCACACCGGGUCCCGCCGCGCACGCAGCGCUCGCUCUCCCCGGCCCGCUCCUCGGAAGCCUUUCCCCGGCCCCUCCCCGCCGCGAAGCCAUGGAGCUGCUCCGCGGUGCCGCGCUCCUGCUGCUGCUCUGCGCCGCCGCCUGCGCUCAGGACUCGUGCACCUGCACAAAGAACAAGCGCGUCACCAACUGCAGGAUGGUCGACGGCGUCUGCAACUGCAAUUCCAUCGGCUCCAGCGUGUCCGUCAACUGCGAGACCCUGACUUCCAAGUGCCUGUUGAUGAAAGCCGAAAUGACAAACACGAAAUCGGGCCGCCGUGAGAAACCCAAAGAUGCGUUUCAAGAUACUGAUGGUCUUUACGAUCCUGAAUGUGAAAAUAAUGGUGUCUUCAAGGCAAAGCAGUGCAAUGGAACCACCUGUUGGUGUGUGAACACAGCUGGCGUUAGAAGAACUGACAAACAUGACACAGACCUGAAAUGCAAUCAAUUAGUCAGGACGAUGCGGAUCAUCAUUGAAAUGAAGCAUACUGAGAGAAAAACUCCUCUGAACGCGCAGUCUUUAACAAAACUUCUUAAGGAUACAAUCACCAGUCGUUACAUGCUGGAUGGACGCUAUAUAACUAGUGUUGUGUAUGAAAAUCCCUCUGUUACUAUUGAUUUGAAGCAAAAUUCCUCAGAAAAAUCCUCUGGAGAUGUGGAUAUAGCUGAUGUGGCCUACUACUUUGAAAAAGAUGUAAAAGGUGAUCCCAUCUUUCUUAACACGCUAAACAUGAGUAUCGAUAAUGAAGCACUGACGUUUGAGAAUGUGAUGGUCUACUAUGUUGAUGAAGUACCACCGGAGUUUUCCAUGAAGUCUCUGACUGCUGGUGUUAUUGCUGUCAUUGUUAUCGUAGUACUAGCAGUAGUUGCUGGAAUUAUUGGCCUGGUUCUCUCAAGAAGGAGGAAAGGGAAGUACGUGAAAGCAGAGAUGAAGGAAAUGAAUGAAAUGCAUAGAGGACUGAACGCAUAACUGAAAUCAGCUGAAGACAGAGUGUGAUUCAGAUGAGAAAA